AUGGAACAAUUUGGUUUAUUAAAUGAUGAAAAUAGUGAAAAAUAUAGACCGUGGUUUACAGGAAUUUCAAAGUUUGUAAGAAAUAUGUGGCCAUUAGCAGAUCAAGAGGCUAUAGAAUUGGGAACACAUUUCUUUAUUUUCGCGAAUGUUUUCGAUGACCUUAUUGAUACCAAUGAACCGGAAAUUGGAAUGAAACAAAUCAAUAGAGCUAUCAAUAUAGUUAGAUUUGGAAAACUCGAAGAUGAACCAACACCACUUGAAAGAGAUUUGAUUUAUUUUUUUGAGAAUCUAGAAGUAAGAUUUGGAAAUCAAAAUCCAGUAUUAAAUCAAUUCAGAAAUGUAUUCAUUGAUUAUUUUAACGGUUUAAUGCCAUGGCAAAAUAUAAAGAAAUUAAAUGGUGACAUGAGUAUGAACUUAUAUUAUAAUAUGAGAAAUCUAAACAUUGGAGUAACACCAAAUUUUGGUAUUGGUGUUUUAUUCACAAUGAAAAGAUUAAACUCUAAUAUUCUUCUUGACCCACUUUGGAAAUGUUUAAAGGAACAAGCUGGAAGAAUCUGUGCUCUAUACAAUGAUGUUUUCUCCUAUGAAAAGGAACUUAAAGAAAAUGAUGUAAGAAUGAAUAGUUUCCAUUUUAUGAAAACUCAAAACAAUUGGACUGAUCAAGAAUGUCUUGAAUUCGUUGAAAAAGAACUGGAUGAUUGCUUUGAACAAUACUUUAUUCAUGAAAACCUCAUCAUUCAAAAAUUCAUUCCAACUCUUCAAAUCAAAGAAGAUCAAGAAGAAUUCUAUCAAAUCGUUGAUAUCUUUCAUAAGAUAGUGUCUUCAGUAUUAAAUAUGUAUAAACAAAAACCAAAAUAUAAAUCUACAGAUUCCAUCUUUGUUGAGCUUAGAAUCUAA